AUGUUAAAAAAGAGAGGAUCAGAUUAGUUAGAUAUAAUUUUCGAAGCCGGGGAAGAUUUAAUGAAUUCGUCGAAGAAUUAGGUUAUCAUUCUAAAAAACAAUUCUAUCAGAUUACCAAUUACAAAGCCUCGAACUUUUUUAUCUUAUAGUUUAGAAUUUUGUGGUAUAACAGGUUUAAAUUAUAAAUAACUUCGAUUUCAAUCAUUGGGAAGAGACAUAAGAGUAUUUGAUUAAUUAAUGAUCUAGCCUGAGACUAGUAUAAUGACUGCAAGUUUAGUUAAGGUGAUACAUACCAAUGAGUUUAAUUAGAUGGUGUAAAAUCCUUUGAAAUCCUCAUUAUAAAAUUUAUUUUUAGGAGGAAUAUUUAGUGAUGUCAUCCUUAAGAUUAAUGAUGAGAUAGUGCUUCCCUUACAUAAAUGCAUAUUGUCUUGUCGAUCGCCUAAAUUUAAUGGAAUGUUUUCAUCAAAUCUGAUGGAGAGUACAUAGAACAUCAUAAAAGUAGAAUACAAAAAGCCUGAAUUAUUUAAGUUGAUGCUAGGUUGGAUAUAUAGUGGAUAUUGGAAAGAAUUCCCUGAUAAUAUCGCAGAUGCAUGUGAUUUGAUGUUAUUAGCAGAUGAGUAUAUGAUAAUGGAUCUGAAAUAGAAGUGUGAAGAGGAUAUUAUAUCAAAAUUGGACAUCACAAAUAUUCUAUAGGUUUUGUUAUUUGUUGAGAAAUAUUGCGAUAUAUUAUCUCCGAUAAUAGUGGAUAAGGCACAUAGUUUAUUUAUAGAUGAUUUUGAUUAGAUAUUAAGAUUGAAUCCAAAUUUAGAGUAAGAUAUAACUAAAGUGCCAGGAUUGAUGACAAAAUUAUUUUUAAAUUAUCAUCAAAAGAAGAUAAGAAAAGCAAGAAAGGUACACUUUGUAGUUGAAGACUUCGAUUAAUAGGAAUCAGAUUCGGAUUAUAAUUCAUAAGAUUAUGUUAGAAAUUAUACGCAAAAUUUUUACUAAUGA